UCACCGCCGGCGCCGACUCGAGGCAUAGAGCACAGACUAGUAAUUAACCAUGGCGUCCGCAGGAGGAGGGAAAAUUAGAAGCAGGAGAUAUCACAUCGCUUCUAAACCCUACGCCAAAGGCAAACAGCAGGGCUUAAUCAGUCGAGUGACAGACACAGUGAAGAGCAUCGUGCCCGCGUGGCUGCAGAGCUACUUUCGGAAUGGGGAGCCAGCACAGGCAGAAGGGCCGGGCGAGGAGAACAGCCAGCCGCCCCUCCCCGCUGACGGAGAGGACCCCUCCCCUCUCCCCGAUGGACGCGACUCUCCCAAGGCCAGCACAAGCAACGCAGAGCCCUCCACCAGUCGAGCAGCUCUGAACCUCCACGAUGUACUGGCCAGGCCGCCCUUGAAUCGCACCCAUUUGCACCUUCCAUCGCUGGACACUUCCCCUGCGUUGAGGGGUGGCACGAGCACCCUCUUCAGCCAGCCCUCCACCUCGUCUGCCCCCUACACAGCGGGGGGGCCCUCUGGAUUCUCUCUGGUGAAGGAGAUCAAGGACUCCAGCUCCCUACACGAAGAUGACAACAUCUCCACCACGAGCGGGUUCUCCUCACGCGCCUCAGAUAAAGAUGUGACAACCUCUAAGAACGUGCCGUUCAUGUGGUCCCCUGAGAAUGACCGCUCACACACUGGCCCUCAGCCGGCAGGCUCCUCCCUCAAGAAGCCUGCCUUCAACCUGUCCGUCUUCGGGACAUCCUCUGCUUCUCCAUCGAACAGUUUGAUGCUAAACUCCAGCAAACUGGGGGAUUCCCCGUUUUACCCGGGCAAGACGACGUAUGGGGGCAGUGCAGCAGUCAGGAGCAGUGCUCGGGUUCGUGCUGACACACCUUACCAGGCUCCAGUGAGGAGGCAGAUCAAGGCCAAGGGAGCGGGCUCUCAGCCGUGUGGGGUGACCAGCCUGACUGCCCGCCGCAUCUUGCAGUCCCUGGAGCGAAUGUCCAGCCCCCUCGCAGAUGCUAAAAGAAUUCCAUCACCCUGUUCCUUGGCUUUGCCGACAGCGCUGAAUAGAUCCGAUAUAGAUGUCACACAUCUCCAGUCCAAACGGAAAAAGAUGGACUCCCAGCUGCCCCCUGUGCAGAAGCUGGUGACUCCAGCCACACCCCAGAUGGCGGGGAAUCGUUCCAUGUCCUUCAGGCCCUGCCUCACACCCUGCAGCAGCCAGAGCCUGACGCAGGACAGGCAGAACAGCAAAGACAGGUCAGCAAAACAGUCAACACAGAUGGCUGAGGCGCCAGUGCUGCCCCCUCAGAGUACUAGCAGUCUCUACCCUCUGUCCAGUACCCCUGCAGCCAAUGGCAUGGACUCUCGGGGCUCUGGUGGGAAGAUGAAGAGGGAGAGGAGCAUCCGAGCAUCCACCAAACCUGCCCCAGAGGACGAGGUUGUGGAGGCCCCAGAUCUGCCCCCGAUCUCCCUCCCAAUCAGUACCUUCUCCCUGCCGACCUUCAACUUCUCCUCCCCGCCUCAAGCCACUGCUGCAACAUCAUCGCCUGCAGCUUCCAGCACCCCCAUCACUAACAAGGCCCCACCCGCUGCUUCCAGCCCACCAUGCGUCCCCUUCACGUUCUCCUCUCCCAUUGUCAAAGCCACAGAACCCAGCGUGCUACCUCUGUCCCCCUCUUCCGGAUUCACCUUCAGUGCUCCUGUUGCAAAAGCUGGUCUCUCAGACCUCGGUGGGAAGGCCACCUCCUUGGUGACACCAGUGAAAUCAUCUGCUGCAUCUGCAUCUCCAGCCAAAAAAAGCGAGGAGUUUGAAGGCCCCUUUCAGCCUGCAAAGACCUUGAAACAGGGCAGUGUGCUGGACAUCCUCAAGGGACCAGGGUUCUCAUCUUCUUCCACAGGGAGUGCGUCACUUCCUGAUAAGGUUGUGCCCUCGUCCCAGGGGUCAUCCUCAGAUCCUGGCUCGGCCCCCAGCGCCGGCUUCGGGGACAAGUUCAAGCCUGUGGCCGGGUCGUGGAGCUGCGAGACCUGCCUGCUGAGCAACAGCCCGUCGCUCACCAAGUGCGCCGCCUGCAACGCGGAGCAGCCCAGCGCAGGCUCCGCCCCCUCCGAAUCAGACAGUAAACCCACCCCUGCCCCGUCCGCUCAGGCGGGGGCUCCCCCGGUGGGGCUGGGGACUCUCUUCGCCCCCGCCGCGGGGAGCUGGGAGUGUGACACAUGCCUGGUUCAGAACAAGCCCGACGUGGUCAAAUGCGUGGCCUGUGAAACUCGUAAGACUGGGACUGGAGUUAAACCCGCUCUGACUGCGCCUGCCUUUGGCGAGACUCAGGCAGCAGCCGCCUCCAGCAGUAGCAGCGGUGGCGGCACCACUACGAACACACCGUCGUCGGGCUUAUUCGGCUUCGGUGACAAGUUUAAGAAGCCAGAAGGGACGUGGGAGUGUGACACUUGCAUGUUGGAGAACAAGCCCCAGGAUUCUAAGUGUGUGUCCUGUCAAAGCACAAAGCCAGGAGCAUCAGCACCAUCUGCGGCACCCUCCUCUACAGAGGCUGCCCCCGCCCCAGCCGGAGGAACUCUGCUGGGUUUUGGGGACAAGUUCAAGAAGGCAGAGGGAGCCUGGGACUGUGAUGUGUGCUGUGUGCAGAACGGGGCUGAUGCCCUGAAAUGCGUGGCCUGCCAGAGCGAUAAGCCUGGAGCCAAGGUGGAGCCGAAAGGUUUUGGCUCAUCCACUACCUCCACGGGUUCCGCCUCUGCCUCCACCUUCACAUUCGGCAUUCAGUCCUCCUCCAGCACAGACCUCACCCCCAGCAGCUCCGAGGGAUUCAAGUUUGGGGAUCAGGGGGGAUUCAAAUUCGGCAACACCUCAGUGGGAGGCUUUGGUGGGGGAUUCAAAUUCAACACGAGCUUCGCAGCCGGUGAGGAGAACGAGAAGAAGAGCGAGUCGUCGAGCGGAGGGUUCAAGUUCGGAAGCGGAGGGGGAAUCGUGUUCGGCUCAGGCAGCAGCAGCGAGAGCACUGACAAAUCUCUCAGUAAGCCCACUGAGGCAGCGGCCACCGCCGCACCGCCCAAACCCGACGAGGCCACCACCACGGCGCCCACGCUGGGAGGGUCAGGGUUCGUGUUCUCGGCCCCCAAGGAUAAGCCAGAAACAGAGACAGCCCCCGCCUCUUUCACCCCUGCGACAACAGCAGCCACGCCCUUCUCUUUCGGGAAACCCUUGGAGACGAAGCCCCCUGCUAGCCAGCCGCAGGGGGGCUUCACAUUCGGGAAAUCUCUGGAGAAGGAGCCGGCAGAGUCAACCCCUGCCCUCCCCUCGGUUGCCCCUGCCCCCGCCCCCGCCCCCACCCCAUCCUUCAGUUUCGGCAAACCAGAGGAGAAGCAGGAGACUGCCCCCGCUCCCUCCACCUUCCUGUUCAGUGGGGCGAAGGAAGGAGCCAACCCAGCUCCUGCCUCUGGGUUCUCUUUCAGCAAGCCUGACCCGCCCAAAGAGGAUCCCAAACCUGUGUUUUCUUUUGGGAAGCCCCCAGAAAAAACUGAUGCAGCCGAGACCCCUAAGCCAACUUUCAGCUUUGGGGGGACCGCAACAGAUGCAACUGCCGCUAAGCCAGCUUUUGGGUUCAUGGCGGGAUCUACCUCCUCCUCCUCCUCCUCGGCCCCUGCUCCCAGCCUGUUCGGGGCCAGCAGCAGCGGCGGCUCGGCCCCCGCCCCCGCCCCAGCUCCCAACAGCACCUUCGUGUUUGGACAGGGUGCUUCCAGCGAGGCGACCCCGACCAAAACGUUCGUGUUCGGACAGCAGCAGGACAGCAAGCCCCAGCCGGCGGCCCCGCAGAACACGGCCGCUGCCCCUUCCACAGCCCAGCCCUUCCUGUUCGGCACAGGGACCAACGCGUCCGUGCCCUCCUUCAAUUUCAGCGCUGCAGCGCCCUCUACAGCCAGCUCCACAGCGUCCGCUUCCAGCGCCGCGCCGUUCAUGUUCGGCUCAGCCAGCGCCUCCUCCGCAGCCCCCGUGUUUGGGGCGGGCGCGGCCUCCGGCUUCGGGCAGAGCUCCAGCCAGCCCAGCGCCCCUGCCUUCGGCUCGGGCGCUCCCUCCCUGUUCUCCACCCCCGCCUCCCAGCCUCCCGCCUUCGGGGUGCAGCCCGGCGCCGGGUUCGGCCAGCAGGCCAACGCCACCCCCUCUUUCGCCUCUGCGGCCGCCUCCUCAUCCUCCACUCCAGGGGGAGGGUUCCAUUUUGGGGAUACCAGUGCGUUCGGAGCCUCGAGCAGCGGCACCGGUGUGUUCACGUUUGGGGCUGCUGCUGGGGCCUCCGCCGCCCCCUCCCCUACACCCGCCGGCCAAGCACAGCCCACGGCUCCCGGCGGGGGCUUCAACUUCUGCCAGCCCCCAGCCUUCAACAUUGGGUCGACGAAGAGUUCCUUCACAGCGUCCACCCCAGGACAGCACUCCAUCACAGGCCGCAAGAUCAAGACUGCGGUCCGCCGCCGGAAAUGAGGCUCUGGCAGAAACGACAGCCACGCAAAACCAACAUCUUACAUCCAGUACUGAAGCGAUUCGUUUAUGGGGAACCAUACAAUUAAUGCACAUUUAAAAAAGACACACAUUAAAAAUAAGCAACCUUGCUGGCCUCUGAUAGAGACCUCCUCUGUGUUGUGGGGGGUGGGCACUGUGACAGCCCCACCCCGUCUAUUGGAAUCAGUUGAAAUUUAGGACACCUCUGUUGGCUGUCCGAUUGUCAAACUCCUGACGUGCGAAGAGGUGGUAAAAAGCCUAGGCGAGCAGGAGUAAAGUACAUGUGUUGUGACCACAACAGCAAUUUUCAAAAUUUAAUCAAGCAACAAUCUUCAGUUCAUGGGGAAAUAUAUAUAUAUGCAUAUGUAUGUAUGUAUAUUAGACCUCAGCAAUGUCUGCUAUGACUUUAGCAUGGCUUUUUUGUAAUGGGGGGAAAAGGCAAUGAUAGGUAGAAAUAAAAUCAGUAUAUCUUGUUGGUUGGCACCACUUUGGUGCAGUGGCGCCGCCCGCAGGGUUUUAUAGCGAACUGCUAAUGACAGAGACAUGUUUUCUGUGUACAGGCUGAAGUGUCCGUUGUUGGCAGGCAUGCCGACCGAGGAGUGACAGGAAGCGUAUGAAUGUGUAGUGUGGUUGGGGCGAUACUCGUGCACUAGAGGGACGGAGGAGGGCGCAGAAAAGCCCUGAAAACUCAUCCCGCGCAUUUGGUUGAAUCUGUAGUUCCUUAAAGUCCAUCUGUUCUGCUACCUGUGUUUUCUUUCUCCCUCUCUUUCUCUCUCUCUUUUUCUCUCUCUCUCCUUCCCUCC